UACCAGAGCAAAUGUCUAGCUAGUGAAAGAUGUCAUCUGUUCUCUGUAAUUUUGCUCGAAGAAUUUUGCCUCAUGCGAGGCGAUCGCCAGGUAAUCAGGUGAGAUGUGCCGUAUCAAGUCUGGCCAGUUUACCUGAGGAACAUGAGAUGCUUAGGAAGACGUGCAGAGACUUUGCUGAGAGGGAGCUUGCACCAAACGCCGCUGACUGGGACAAAAAUCACACAUAUCCAGUUCAACAAGUGAAAGGUCUUGGUGAGCUCGGAUUGCUGGCUGUGUCUGUCUCAGAGAAAUAUGGAGGAACCAAUCUGGACUACUUGGCGUAUGCUAUCGCUAUGGAGGAGAUCAGCAGAGGAUGUGCCAGCACAGGAACCAUCAUGUCUGUGAAUAAUUCACUGUAUCUAGGUCCUUUAGAAACCUUUGCGACUGAGAAACAGAAGGAAGAAUUCAUUGUUCCAUUUGUCAAUGGAGACAGAGUAGGCUGCUUUGCUCUUAGUGAACCAGAUAAUGGUAGUGAUGCUGGAGCUGCCUCUACCACAGCCAGACUAGAUGGGGAUCACUGGGUUCUGAAUGGUGCUAAAAUGUGGAUCACUAAUGGCUAUGAGGCAGAGGCUGCUGUAGUCUUUGCCAGGACAGACAAGGCCAUGAAACAUAAGGGUAUCAGUGCUUUCAUCAUUCCAAAGCCAUAUGAAGGACUGGCGCUGGGUAAAAAGGAGGACAAACUGGGAAUCAAGGCAACUUCCACCUGUCAACUUAUCUUUGAAGACUGUAGGAUUCCUAAAGAGAACCUUCUGGGACAAGAAGGCAUGGGAUUCAAAAUUGCCAUGUCUACAUUAGAUGCUGGUAGGAUUGGCAUUGCCGGGCAAGGUCUUGGGAUAGCCCAGGCUGCUCUCGACUGUGCCAUCGACUAUGCUACGAAGAGGGAGGCCUUUAACCAACCCAUCUCACGCUUCCAGACUGUUCAAACCAAGCUUGCCGACAUGGAGGUCAGAAUUGAAAGUGCAAGGUUACUCACUUGGAAGGCAGCGAUGAUGAAAGAUGCAGGCCAAAACUACACAAAGGAAGCUGCCAUGGCAAAGCUAGCAGCAUCAGAAGCAGCCACCUUCUGCAGUCAUCAGGCCAUCCAGGUUCUUGGUGGAAUGGGAUACGUGACGGACAUGCCCGCCGAAAGGCAUUACAGAGAUGCAAGGAUCACAGAGAUCUACGAGGGAACAAGUGAAAUUCAGAAGCUUGUCAUAGCUGGCCAGAUGCUCAAAAAGCAUUCAGAAAUGAUGAGUUAACCUACAUUCUUAUACAGAGAUAUAUAUAUAUAUAUUUACAAUGAAGUCUGUACCUGUAUGGCAGUUUGCCAUUUUGGUGGGCAUUAUCAAUUUGAAUGGGAUGUCAAGGAACCAACAUCUUAAUCUGGGCGCAAUAACAACGCUUUAAUCUGAUCAUAGGCUGAUUUUUACAACUAAAUGAAAUUGGUCAGUAUGUGCAAUCGACUAUACAAACAAACUGUAAGAUCAGUUGCUAAGCUUUGCAUUGCAGGCCCAUGGGCACUGUUCCAUAAAACCGGUCAUCAUACGCAAGUUGUCAGUCAUUGACCAUUACCAUGGUAACAGUGCUUCACACCCAAUCAAAUCAAAAUCAAGGGUUUUUGUAUUGUCAGUGAAUGACAGUUUGUUAGGUAUUAAACAUCUUCAUUUAACAUUGUCUUGUGCUUCCUCUUUAUUAAAAUCAAUGUCAGCUAUGGAAAGCCAUUGACACCAUAAUUCAUCAUUUAGUUUACAUUCUGUCCAAGGGGGAGCUGAUUGGUCAUAGCAAUAAUGCUUUGAAUAAAGAAGUUUGAGUGUAUGUAAGAAGCUUUUCGAUUGAAGAAAAAAUGACGACAUGCAUCACCGGCUUGUUAUACUUGAUUUGAAUCAAUCUCAUCUUUUAUUAGACAUAGCCCAAGACAUAUCCCUCAUCAUUGAUGUUUUUUUUUCCAUCUACUCAUCUCUUCAAGCAUUAUCUCUCGUUAAGAAGGUAUUUAUGGUAAUACUGUUCCCAAACACAUAUAUGAUUGAUACAACACAAAUCAUCCAUGAUGUAUGAAGAGGAUGUUCAAAAGUAUGUAUGUCAUUAAAUGCCAAAGAUCACUCUCAUGGUGUACAAUAAAUUGAGGAUUGCUUGAAGGAUGUGAAAAGAAGUUUCCUUGAAAUUAUUCUAAGACCGAAC